GCCACCGACGCCAUGGCGGACGAAGUGGACCAGUAUGAGGAUGUGAAAAAGAUUCACAUCGAACGCGGAGCCAAUGGAUUCGGCUUCAACAUCAAGGGGACCACCCAGGUUGGCGGCACCAUGCAUGCCGUCAACGGCCGACUCUAUCCGCCUCUGCAGUACAUUAGUCAUGUAGACCAAGGUGGAAGUGCGUGGGAGGCAGGUCUGCGCAAGAAUGAUCGGAUUCUUGAGGUCAACGGGCUCGAUGCUCGCGGCGCUGCCCAUGCAGAUGUGGUCAAGCAAGUUAUCAAGGGUGGUGGUAUCCUAGAUAUGAUCGUGCUCAGUGUUGACGAAAAGGAGGCCGAGCGCCUCCAGCGCUUGGAGGAAGCUGCAAGUAACAAGCGCCAGAAGAACCAGAGCUCGCGCCUUCUCGAGAUUCGCGACUAUGAUACGCUCAAGGAUGACCAGGGCAAACCCUUUACAGUGUACAACGUCUACGUCAAGGGUUCCUAUCGCACCUCCAAGCGCUUUAGCGAGCUCCAGAAAAUGCACUACGCCAUGAAGGCUCGUUUCCGCUGGCACAAAUUUCCGGCCUUUCCUGGCAAGAAGCUCAACGGCUUGACCAAGUCCACACUUAGCGUGGAUGACAUUUUCAAGAGUGAUGAGGUUGCCGAGUUCCUCAAGCCUGGUGACUAUCGCCCAGCCGGUGUGACGGACGACGACGAGAAUGAUGAUGUCUCGAGUGAUGAAGAGCCUGCCAAGCCUGCCGCCAAACCCGCUGCUGCCAAACCCGCUGCCGCCAAACCCGCUGCCGCCAAACCCGCUGCCGCCAAACCCGCUGCCUCAGCAUCUACCGAGGCAAAGCCAGAUAAAAGCAAUGAAGCGUCAAACGCGAGCAAAGACGAUCUGGUCUUGCUGCCCAACAACGAAGUUGUGGAUCUGUCCGAGGCCACGACGGCUGGCCAAGCCAUUGAGAUUCUUGCCGACAGCAUGGGCUUGAGCGAUGAUGCCAAGUUUGUAUUCCGCCUUUUCACAGCGGACGAUGGACAUUCGCCCGCUUCACGCACACGUCCCGCUGCCAACGCCAAGCUCACCCUCUUGGAGCCCACGGCAACGCUUGCGGAUGUCAAGACACACAUUGUUGUUCGCCGUUGGUUCUUCUCCAAGGAGCACGAGUCCCGCUUGGACACCGACGACGUUGCCGUGGCCUGGCUCUUUCACCAAACGCGUCAGGAGAUCGAGGACGGUACCCUAUUCUGCGGACCCAAGAAGCGCACGGCGCUUGAUGAACUGGCCAGCCAGGAUCAACAGUUGGAAUACCUGCAGAUGGCACGCAAGCUGCACAUGUACGGUGGCUGGGCCUUCAAGCCCUGCACAAGUGACCACACUGGCGAGGAACAAACAGUGUGUGCCACUGUCACGGCCGAUAAGCUGAUUCUGCAACCGUUGACCGAGGACGGCCAACCAUCAACCAACUCAGACGAUGUGACCCUCAUGACUUGGGAUGCCAUUUCCAAGAUCAAACGACGUGAUGACAUGAUCGGCAUCAAGGCCACUGUGAGCGAUGAGCCCCUGACCUUCAGGCUGACAAGCGAAAAUGCGGGUCUAUUGGAGGCCGCGCUCAAGCGCGCAGUCAUGGAGAAUGAGUGGCAAGGCCAGGACGAGGCCGAGUCACUCUUCUUUGGUUAAGCCACUGACGCGCAAGCGCGCAACUACGAGAGGCAAAACUUGCCUUUCACCUUUCUCAUAUUCUCGUGAUUUUCGUGUGAGUUGUGUACAGACUAUCCGCCUGUGCGCUCUUCUUCCUCUCUUCUUCUGCUUCUUCGACCCUCUUUUCUCCUCGGUGGCUUUAGGACGUUCUCCCUCUUCUCGUUGUUGAUGUCUGGUGGUUCGUGUUGUGUUUGGGCCUGCAUUGGUGUUUUCCAAAACUUGUUAGCGGCUCUCCUUGAUUUGGAGGCCUGCCGUUGCCCCACGUGUUCUUUAUGCUUGAGCUUAAGCAGACUCUUUGGCGUGAUUGCUUUUCUAUUGUCAAAUCUUUUACUUGGUGUACACACCUCUGUCAGACCGCAUGCAUACGAGGUCGGCGAUGACACACCCGUACACUCGUUCUCGCCGGCUCAUGUUUGCUGCGAGUGUGGACUAAUUGAGCUAUGCGCCUUC